CUCGAAAUCUGUCCAAUAAUUUUUCGCAGCUCGUUCGUUUGUCUCGUGUUUGUGCAGUGCGAGUUGAUUUUCAACGACGUUAGGAUAAAUUUGAUGUUUGUGUAAAUUGGAAUAAAAUUCUCGAUUGAUUGGAACGAGGAGGAAAGGCAGGUUUGUGCGGAAAUUUGAAAUUGCGACGAUUGUGCCCAGGUAGAGCGAGGCAGCGCAGCCAGGACUUGAGCGAGAGCCGACAUCGUCGCAGGGCCAGUUUCGGGCUGUUUUUUGUGUGCCGCUCGUUGCGAAGACGGCGAAAGGUGGCUAAGCCGUGCGCCAGAAGGAGCCAGACGCAGCACCGCGAACGCGGCUUCGAAUGAGCGAUCGGAAGGAAUUCAUUUCGUGGAACGCCGCCGUCGUGGUCGUGGCCGCCGCGUAGUUGAAUUUUGCCGAGGACGCCCCGUAUCAGCGCCGACUGGAAGGUUCGUGCCGUUUAUUUCGCUGGGAGAGGUGCUUAGAUCGUCGCGGAAUUGAAGGGCAUUGCGUGAAGUAGACAUAUUGCAGACGCGAAAAAUUCCGUUGGUUUUUUGUGCCCCCGAUGUCUAGUGCUGAAAUCAUUGACCAGUCCGUUGAGCCGCCAGCCUCUAAGAAGCGGAAGCUGACUUCGACGACGUCGCCGCAGGGAGCCGGAGCCGCCGACAAGGAUCAAACGCACGCUCAAGAGCCCCAACCUCAAAAACGCUGUCAGUGCCAUCCGCCGCAGGGAGAAGCCUCCACUUCGGCCCCAGGAGCCGCCGCAACACCACCAACAAGCGCCCCCAACUCGUCCAAUUCGAACGCGAGCGCGGACUCGACGAUACAGCUGUCCUCGUCUAGCGUGUGUCCGUCGUGCUCGCAGCCAGAGUCGUCUUCGCCGGCUCGUGCAAAAGGGGGAGCCGUUGCCGACAGUGUUGCCAAUCGCCCGAGAACGUCAGGUCUCAGUUCGUCUUCGUCGUCAGCCGCCGCGUCAGAAACAAUAACAAUGGCCGCCACCGCGAACAAUAGUUCUGGAGCAAACUCUGCCGCGGAAAUUGAUGAAGCACUUUAUUCGCGCCAACUCUACGUCCUCGGCCACGAUGCUAUGCGUCGUAUGGCCACCUCGGACGUGCUGGUUUCCGGACUAGGAGGACUCGGCGUCGAGGUAGCGAAAAAUAUCAUCCUAGGAGGUGUCAAGUCCAUCACUUUGCAUGACAAAGCGGUUUGCACGAUCCGAGAUCUCGCUUCUCAAUUUUAUCUCACUAAGGCUGAUGUUGGGAAGAAUCGUGCCGAGGCAUCAUGUUCUCAACUAUCCGAGCUCAACAGCUACGUCCGCACGACUGCGUAUACUGGCGAUUUGACGGAAGAUUUCUUAAAGAAAUUCCGCGUAAUUGUCCUGACUGCAUCACCAUUAGCUGAACAGAGACGAAUUGCCAAAUUCGCACACGAAAAUGGAAUAGCCGUGAUUUUAGCAGAAACUCGUGGCGUCUUUGCAAAAGUAUUCUGCGAUUUUGGAGAGAAUUUCACCAUCUACGAUGCAAAUGGUGCCCAACCAAUAACAACUAUGAUUGCUGGCAUCACUCAAGAAGCAGAAAGUAUUGUAACCUGUCUUGAUGAAACCCGUCAUGGAUUUGAAGAUGGCGAUUAUGUUACAUUUGCUGAGGUGCAAGGAAUGACCGAAUUAAACGGAUGUGAUCCUAUUAAGAUCAAAGUACUUGGACCUUAUACGUUCAGUAUUGGUGACACCACCAAUUUCAGUGAAUACAUCCGUGGUGGUAUUGUCACUCAGGUGAAAAUGCCUAAAACUCUAAAUUUCAAGUCUUAUGAAGAAGCUGAUAAAGACCCUUCGUUCCUGAUGUCAGAUUUUGCCAAAUUUGAUUAUCCUUCAAGUCUGCAUUCUGCGUACACAGCCCUUCAUCAGUUUAUUGAAGCGGAAGGCCGUGAACCAAAACCUUGGAAUGAGGAGGAUGCGAAUAAACUGUUGGAGCUCACGAAGGCACUGAAUGCGGAUAUCAACGAAGGUGUUGUCAAGACAUUUGCUAAGACCUGCUGUGGAAAUUUAUGCCCGAUCGAUGCGAGCAUUGGUGGCAUAGUUGCUCAAGAAGUUCUUAAGGCCUGUAGUGGAAAAUUCACUCCUAUUCACCAAUUCCUUUAUUACGACGCAGUAGAAUGCUUACCGGAAAAUGUUGCCGAAGAAGAUUGCCAGCCAAUUGGCAGCCGAUACGAUGCUCAAAUUGCUAUUUUUGGCAAACAAUUCCAGGAAAAGCUCGGAAACUUAAGAUAUUUCAUAGUGGGUGCCGGCGCAAUUGGCUGUGAACUACUUAAAAAUUUCGCUAUGAUUGGAAUCGGCGCUGGAAAUGGAGAAAUCAUCAUUACAGAUAUGGAUCUUAUUGAAAAAUCGAAUCUCAAUCGUCAAUUCUUAUUCCGGCCCCAUGAUGUGCAAAAACCGAAGGCGGUAACUGCAGCAGCAGCUGUUAAACGUAUGAAUGAAGAAGUUAACGUAACUGCAUACGAACUUCGUGUUGGAGUUGAAACGGAAAAAGUUUUCUCCGAAGAAUUCUUCGGUAAAUUGGAUGGAGUUGCAAAUGCUUUGGAUAAUGUCGACGCUCGUAUCUAUAUGGAUCGUAAAUGUGUGUUCAAUCGGAUACCACUUGUCGAUUCUGGCACUUUGGGAACAAUGGGCAAUGUACAAGUUAUUAUUCCAUUCUUGACGGAAAGCUACAGUUCAUCACAGGAUCCACCAGAGAAAAGCAUUCCAAUUUGUACAUUGAAAAAUUUCCCGAAUGCCAUCGAGCAUACACUGCAAUGGGCACGCGAUGUAUUUGAAGGUGUUUUCGUUCAACACGCCGAGAACGCUUCGCAAUAUAUUUCGGAUCCUACAUUCAUAGAGAGAAUUCUUAAACUGCCAGGUGUACAACCAUUGGAAAUAUUGGAGUCUGUUAAGACUGCUCUUAUUGAUGACAAACCAAAAGAUAUCACUGAUUGCGUAAAAUGGGCACGUAACCAUUGGGAAGAUCAAUAUUCCAAUCAAAUUAAACAAUUGCUAUACAACUUCCCACCGGAUCAGUUGACUUCAAGUGGACAACCGUUCUGGUCGGGCCCGAAGAGAUGCCCGGAACCAUUAGUAUACAAUGUGAACGAUCCACUGCAUUUAGACUAUGUAUACGCGGCAGCAAACCUUAAAGCUGAAGUUUAUGGAAUUCCACAGGUGCGAGAUCGGCAGAAGGUCGCUGAGAUAGUUUCAAACAUAAAGGUUCCAAUGUUCAUACCCAAAUCAGGUGUUAAAAUCGAAGUAACUGAAGGCAGUACCAACAACACAUUUGAUCAUUCGAACGAGGAAAUUGAUCAAGAUCGCGUCAACAAGAUCCUAACUGAACUUGCUUCGUUGGGUAAACUCGAUGUUCGGAUUAAACCAUUGGAGUUCGAAAAGGAUGACGAUACCAACUUGCACAUGGACUUCAUUGUGGCUUCGUCAAACCUUCGUGCUGCCAACUACAAGAUUCCACCAGCCGAUCGACAUAAGUCCAAGCUCAUUGCUGGCAAAAUUAUUCCAGCUAUUGCUACUGCUACAUCUGUAGUAUCUGGUUUCGCCGUUUUGGAAAUAAUGAAAUUAUCGCAAGGCUUCAAGACAUUAGAUCGCUAUAAGAAUGGCUUUUUAAAUUUAGCUCUACCAUUCAUGGCCUUCUCGGAACCGCUUCAAGCAGAUAAACAAACAUUCUAUGGAAAAGAAUGGACCCUAUGGGAUCGCUUCGAAGUUCAAGGCGAAAUGACGCUCUGUGAAUUCCUCGAUUACUUCAAAAACGAGCAUAAUUUGAAGAUUACAAUGCUGUCUCAGGGGGUUGUAAUGCUCUAUUCAUUCUUCAUGUCGAAGGCAAAGUGUGCCGAGCGAUUACCGCUGACAAUGACUGAGGUAGUACGACGAGUUUCAAAGAAACCAAUUGAAUCGCACGAACGAUCGCUUGUGUUCGAAAUAUGCUGCAAUGAUGAAGAUGGGAACGACAUAGAGGUCCCUUACGUCAGAUAUACUUUGCCCUAAGGAGAAAAACUUUUUCUUUUGAGUGUUUAAUUAUUAUAUUAUUUUCUCUCUCGAUUGAAAUAAAAGAAGUACUAAAAACGAAAAUAAAAUAUAUAUAUUUAUAAAUAAAAGAUAGAAUAAAAAUUUGUGACAAUGAAUUGAAAAACACAAAUAUGGAUAUCAUUUUAAAGAAAACGAAAACGUAUGCAGUACCAGAAACAGUAGAAACGAAUAAACAUUUUUAUUGGUUUUCGCUUUAA